AUGGCGGAGGUGCAGGAGAACACGACCCAAGACCUGCUGCAGCUGACCGCCCGAGUACAAGACCCAGGUGUGACUGUUGACUACAGGAUCACGGAGGGCAACGAAGGGGGUCUCUUCUCCCUGGACCCCGGCAGUGGACGCCUCGCCCUUCUCCACCCACUCGACUAUGAGGAGAAACAACAGUACACGUUGGUGGUCGAGGCUCGUACAGGUGAGGCCAGGAGCGAGACGAAGGUGUUGGUGAAGGUGGUUGACCAGAACGACCAUCCCCCAGUGUUCCUCAGAGCCCUCCACGAGACACAGAUCACCGAGGAGGACGACAGACAUCUACCUAAGGUCAUCCUCAAGCCCCUGGACCGUGAUCCCCCCUACGGACGGCCCCAGUGGAGGUUUCAGGUAGUUGCCACGGACGGAGAGCUGGAGGCCUUGGCGGACGUCCGUGUUAACCUUAAGGACGUCAACGACAACGCGCCGUACUUUUCUUCCCUCACUACCACCGCGUCCGUGUCUGAGGAUGUCCCCUUAGGUGCGUCCGUGGCCCAGGUGUUGGCAGUAGACCACGACGACCCGCAGGAGGCAGACAACGCCAAGAUCACCUACUCCCUGGAGAAGAACGUCCUUGAUGAGUCCACUGGCAGCGCCCUCUUCGCCAUCGACAGCCAACUAGGUCUCAUCACCACCGCCUUCUGCUGCCUCGACAGGGAGAAAACACAGCGUUAUGCCAUCCAGGUGGUCGCUACUGACGGAGGUGGUCUUAAAGGCACGGGGACGGUGGUGGUGGAGGUGAUAGACGUCAACGAUGUGCCGCCCAGUUUCUCCCGCCCAGAGUGGUCGCUGGAGGUGGAGGAGGAGCUGCCCCUUGACCACGUCCUCACCACCCUCACCGUCCUCGACCAAGACGCCUCCAACGACUUCUCCUUCAGGGUGGUGCCAGAGAGUGGUCCUGGGUGGCACAUGUUCAGGGUACAGGGCCGGACCGGUGCCAGCCCUGAGGGGGUCCUGAAGGCUGUGACACCCCUGGAUUACGAAAACCCUGACCACAGACAAGGGUUCAGUUUUAGGGUACAAGUUACAGAUUUGGGUGAAGGCCAGUGGGAGGAGGAGCACCACGUAGCAGAGACAUGGGUCAAGAUAAGACUAAAGAACAUCAACGAUAACGACCCCGAGCUGAGCCAAGACCACGCCCACCUCACCAUCCCCGAAGACACGCCCCCCGGCACACACCUCACCACCUUCACCGCUGUAGAUCCUGACGGUGACGGCAAGAGUAAGGUUCGCUACAGUAUCCCGGCAGACAGUAACCCUGGGCGGCAGUUCAGUGUUGACGAGGAAGGGGCGGUGCGUCUGGUGGGCGGCGUUGACAGGGAAGCAGCAGCCUCCCAUGAGGUGUUGGUGUGGGCGGUGGAUGACGGUGAGCCGCCCAGGACCACCACAGCCACCCUGAUUGUGAACGUAACAGACGUGAACGACAACCCGCCCUAUCUAGCAGAGCCGCAGGAGGUCCAGGUAAUGGAGAACGGCGGCCCCCAGAUGGUUGCCCGGGUCAAGUUUGGUGACCCCGACGACUGGGAACAAGGUCACGGCCCACCCUUCACCGUGACCCUUGACCCCAGGGCUCCACAACACGUAGCUGACAAUAUCCGGGUCACGUUAGAUAAGAAAGCUAACGAAGGACGAGGCGUGGGCGUGGUGUGGGCGCGGGCGGGGUUGGACCGGGAGGAGCAGCGCGCCCUUAUGGUCCCCCUGGUAGUGAGUGACGCUGGGUGGCCGCCCCUCUCAACCACCGUCACCCUCACCCUACACGUGGCAGACCUCAACGAUAACACCAUGACCCCAGCUGCCAAGACUGUCACCGUACACAGUCUGCAGGUUAGUUCCUUUCUGUACGAGUUGGGAUUCACAGUAAGUGACGUCACACACGGUCUAUCUGACGUCGAGGCCAACGUCACUGUCUACGUCACUUCCUUGGGCCCCCGUGACGUCAUCGAUGUCACGCCCCUCACCAUAGCGGCUGACAGCUACCGUGUGGUCAAACAGGAGGGAGAGGGCCAAACGUCCAUACUAACGAGGUUGAUGAGAGCCGUGAGGGCGUGGGUUGAGGAGGAGAAAGAAGAGAGUGUGGGUGGUGGUAUGGGCGUGAGGGCGGUCUCUGUACAGCCAUUAGGAGGACACAGCACCACGCCCCUAGCCACGCCUACAGCCACGCCUCCAGCAACCCGUGUGUGGAUAUCGUCACCUGGUGUGGCUAAUUUUGACCAUAUUUUACUAUACCGCAGGAUGGAGUUGAGUCAAGCUAUAGGUGUUGAUGUACGGGACGUGGGCGUGGUGACCUGUGAUGAGGACGCCCAUGCUGCCGUCCAGGACAUUACCCACGAGAUGACACCUGGAGUGGCCCUUGUAACCACUCAGUCAACUGUCCAUGUGGCCACCCAUGAGGGCGCUCAGAAGGCCGCACACGACGCCACCCUCACUGACACUCCCGAGGCGUGGAGGUGUGUGGGCGGGUGCCGGGUGGGUGUGGCUGACGGGUACAGUGUUGUAGAUGCCAACACCUCGGCUGUGGUGGGACCCUGGGUGGGGGUCCGCAGUGGCUGCGGCUGUGGCAGUACUGCUACACCUGUGAAGGACCACAUGUGCACUCAUCACACCUGCCUCAACGGUGGCAGGUGUAUCCCGACGUCCAGAGGCAUCAGGUGUGUUUGUCCGCAUAACACCUGGGGCUCGAGAUGCAAGGUGGUCAGUCGUCACUUCGAGGGCGGUGGGGGCGGCCAGGACACUGGGGGCGUCAUGGGCGGGGCCUCCCAGGUGGGCGGGUGGGCAUGGGUGUCUGCCAUCCCGCCCUGUACAGAGGUGCACCUGAGUCUGGAGGUCCUCACUCAGACGGGGACGGCGACGCUCUUGUACUCAGGGCCAGUCACUGAAGGUGCCAGGGUCGUCAGUGACCUGCUGCUGCUGGAGCUGCGUCAGGGCCGCCCCUUCCUCUUGUUGGACCUGGGUGACGGCCCCGUCAGCCUCGCCCUCAACGCCUCCUACACCCUCGCUGACAACACCUGGCACAGAAUCGACGUCUUGUGGAAGAAGGAGCAAGUAGAGAUGAUCGUAGACUUAUGCUCAGGCGGUAACAUCGACGGGCCGCCCACCACCACCCAUGACCAUCACCCCACCCAACCCAUUCCUCCUCCCGACGCCCAUACCUGCCAUGCCUCCACCAGACUGCCCGGGGCCGCCCAUGUCCUCAACACAGGUGGGCCGCUACAGGUGGGCGGAGUCUCCCACCGUCUCCCCGCCCACGCCCCUCCACCACACUUCAAAGGGUGCAUCAGGAACCUCAGAGUGAACAGAGAAAUCCUUGACCUAGGGAAGGAUGUACUCAGUCAAGGCAGUUCCCCUGGGUGUCCUGCCGCCGACUGCCUCACUAGCGGCUUGCACUGUGGCCUACACGGAAGUUGCCAGGGGUCGCCAGGGUCACUACGCUGUGAGUGCCAGUUGGGAUGGGCGGGUCCUGGGUGUGCCUCCCCCACCACGCCCACCACCUUCCUCCUCAACAGCUAUGUCAAGUUGGCCCUCUCCUUCACCCCCCUCGGCUACACCACCUCCAUCUCCCUCAGGUUCAAGACGUGGCGAAGGACUGGACAGCUGGUUGUGGUGUCGUCACAGCACGGGCGGGACAGCUGGUCGGUGCAGCUGGUGGGAGGACGCCUUUGUGUGCAGCUGCGCCUUCAUCCUCGCCCCCCUGAGGACCUGUGUCUCUCUAGGGCGUCUCUCUCCGACGGCAGGUGGCAUUCUCUCGCUGCCACAAGGUACGGGACGGCUACCUUCCUCACGGCUGAUGACGGGGACGAGGAUCUCUAUAACGCCUCACUAGCGCUGGGGGGUCCACAUAACCUGCUGGAAGUGGAUAAACAAGAGGGCGUCCAUGUAGGAGGGACGCCAGAGUUUAUGGACGUCAGCGUGUUCAAGAUCCACAGGGAUUACUAUGAUGGAUGUAUCGACGACCUGAGGAUCUCCGGGCGAAGGGUUCCUCUACCUCCUGCGGUCAACAGCACGGCGUGGGGCCAGGCCAGCGUGUUCAGGGGCGUGGAGCGUGGAUGUAGCGCCCCUCCUACCUGCACCAACGUAUCCUGCAGGACACCCCUCUCCUGCGUCGACACCUGGAGAUCUUACCACUGCGGGUGUGGCGAGGGACGUGUUUUGAGCAGCAGCCAGACGACGUGUGAAGACGAGGAUGAGUGUGUGUGGCGACCCUGUCUUAACGGUGGCUCCUGUUUCAAUGCCCAGCCAGGGUAUGUGUGCGUGUGUCCGGUAGGGUACAGCGGGAAACACUGUCAUCUGCCCGAUUUGGAAGAUACCUCGCUAAAACUCCCUCUUGGUAUUCUUGUGACGCUUGUAGUGUUCUGUACUUUCCUCUUCCUGUUGAUCUGCGCCUUCUUGCUGCACCAACAUCAUCGACGGUCAGCCUUACGUCGGGGCGCUCCUGACAACAAGACCAACACCCCAUGUAAGGAACAAGUGUCGCCCCCCUGUAACCACACACCCAACCUACUGGAGUUACAGGUGCUCAAGCCCCCUGGAGCCAACGGCGAGCCACCCUGGACUAAGAACCCUAAUAUAGCAAAUGUGGACGUCCUCCGGGUGCAGGUGUCCUCACUACCCACCAGCCUGGAGGACCACAGUCAGAGGGACGUCCUGGGCACAGGUUCAUCACACCAGCGAGGACAGUGUUGCCAGGGCGAGACAUCAAGCCCUAGAGAUGUCGGGGAGAAGGGAGGAGGUGCCGUCGCUGGUGACCCAACAGCUAAAUCACACAUGAGGAGGUACUCUCAUGAAGGUCUUAGCGGGACCCGUGACGUGGAUUCCUGACACCUCAUUGGUCCAUUCUACAGCCAAUUGACACUGAUGGCAGAGGCAAAGACGACGGUCACCACAAAGCAUGGAGCAGAUCCUCCACCUGUCUCAACCACUCAAUCUACUAGCGUGAAUACCAUUUCCAAAAGAGCAUCUGAUCCCUUGUCUUGAUAAUCAUUAAAGUAAUAAUAAUAACACCAUCUUUUAACUUUAAGACAACGCUCGUGAAGAAACUUGAUGUGAUCCACUGCCAGGCGAUAGAUGUGAUUGGUCUAUAGGAUGAUGAAAACCGACUGACGUAUGGUAUGUUUACGGUGAUUGGUCCAGAGGGUGAAGCAUAGUACAGUAUACAUUUACGGUGAUUGGUCUGUAAGAUGAUGAUGCUCGAUUUAUCUAUGGGACGUAUGCGGUGAUUGGUCCAGAGGUUAGUGACACUCUAAAUAUUAUUUGUUUCACCUCUCUGUCCCAGCCAAUCAGUGAAAGAAUAACAUCAUCGGUACAGUAUAGCUACAGAGGUGUGGCAAUACAGUAUAUGUAAUUUGACUUAUUUUUUCUUAACUAUCGCUAUGAAAACAAAUUACAGUCGAUCUUUAUAAAUUAUGCCAUUUACUAGUCUUUCUACAUUCUUUAAUUUUCAUGGCAGUUUCUUUGUGUUUUGGACUCAGUUUACAUUGUAAUAGUGUAGGAAACUUUCUUUUAUAUGCCAGACAUUGUAGAAAUAUUUAUUUUAUUCAUUUAUCUGUUAUCUGUGUACAGUAUUUGAGUAAUUUUAUCUGAAAUGUUGUCUUUUUUUACGGGAGGCUCUUCGAUGUUAUGUGUUCAUUGUAUAUUUAUCAGAUAAGACAAUAAAAACAUCUCAUU